AUGGGAGCUCCUUUUGUCACGGAGCUUACUGAAGUGGCCAUCUGUAACCCUCUGGUUAAGUGGAAGGUUGAUGUGGGGGAGUGGAAGGUUCUGACAGUGGUGCAGGUCCAUUUCCUGACAGCCAGUGACUGUGCCACUCCUGGGCAACUAAAGCAGGAUGACUAUGAGAGUAAAUUGCAGGCCUUGCAGAAGCAGGUUGAGACCCGGUCCCUGGCUGCAGAAACAACUGAAGAGGAAGAGGAGGAGGAAGAAGCUCCUUGGACACAGCAUGAGUUUGAAUUGGCCCAGUGGGCCUUCCGGAAAUGGAAGUCUCACCAGUUUACCUCUUUACGGGACUUGCUGUGGGGCAAUGCCGUAUACCUGAAGGAAGCCAGUGCCAUCAGUGUGGAGUUGAAGAAAAAGGUGCAGUUUCAGUUUGUUCUGCUGACUGACACACUCUACUCCCCGUUGCCUCCUGAGUUGCUUCCCACUGAGAUGGACAAAACGCAUGAAGACAGGCCUUUCCCUCGUACAGUGGUAGCAGUAGAAGUUCAGGAUCUGAAGAAUGGAGCAACACAUUAUUGGUCUCUGGAGAAACUCAAGCAGAGACUAGAUUUAAUGCGAGAGAUGUACGACAGGGCGGGCGAGAUGGCCUCUGGUGCCCAAGAUGAAAGUGAAACCACCAUGACAGGCAGCGACCCGUUCUACGAUCGGUUCCACUGGUUCAAACUUGUGGGAAGCUCCCCCAUUUUCCACGGCUGUGUGAAUGAGCGCCUUGCUGACCGCACACCCUCCCCCACUUUUUCCACCGCCGAUUCCGACAUCACUGAGCUGGCUGACGAGCAGCAAGAUGAGAUGGAGGAUUUUGAUGAUGAGGCAUUCGUGGAUGACACCGGCUCUGACGCAGGGACGGAGGAGGGAUCAGACCUCUUCAGUGAUGGGCAUGACCCGUUUUACGACCGAUCCCCUUGGUUCAUUUUAGUAGGAAGGGCAUUUGUGUACCUGAGCAAUCUGCUGUACCCUGUGCCCCUGAUCCACAGAGUGGCCAUCGUCAGUGAGAAGGGGGAAGUGCGGGGGUUCUUGCGGGUCGCUGUGCAGGCCAUUGCAGGUGGGUAUAUUCCCGCCGUUGUUGACCACACAGCAGGCUUGCCUUGCCAGGGGACAUUUUUGCUUCAUCAGGGCAUCCAGCGAAGGAUCACAGUGACCAUUAUCCACGAGAAAGGAAGUGAGCUCCACUGGAAAGAUGUUCGGGAAUUGGUGGUAGGCCGGAUUAGGAAUAAGCCUGAGGUAGACGAAGCUGCCAUUGAUGCGAUCCUCUCCUUAAACAUCAUCUCUGCCAAGUCCCUGAAGUCCUCUCACAACUCCAGCAGGACCUUCUAUCGUUUUGAGGCAGUAUGGGACAGCUCCCUGCAUAACUCCCUUCUUCUGAACCGAGUGACGCCCUAUGGAGAAAAGAUCUACAUGACCUUGUCGGCCUAUCUAGAGUGCCUGCAGCUUCUCACCCACACCUUCAACCGAGAAUUCAACCAGGUCCACAGCAGCAUCAGUGACUGCAAGUUGUCUGACGUCUCUCCAAUCGGACGGGACCCCUCUGUGUCCAGUUUCAGCAGUGCUACCCUCACUCCAUCCUCCACCUGCCCCUCUCUGGUUGACUCGAGAAGCAACUCUGUGGAUCAGAAGACCCCAGAAGCCAACUCCAGAGCCUCUAGCCCCUGUCCGGAAAUGGAGCAGUUUCAGAUUGUCCCAACUGUGGAGACACCUUAUUUGGCCCGAGCAGGAAAAAAUGAGUUUCUCAAUCUUGUUCCAGAUAUUGAAGAAAUUAGACCAGGCUCAGUGGUCUCUAAGAAAGGAUACCUGAAUUUCAAGGAGCCGCUGUCCAGCAACUGGGCUAAGCAUUUCGUCGUGGUCCGUCGCCCCUACGUCUUCAUCUAUAACAGCGACAAGGACCCGGUGGAGCGUGGCAUCAUUAACUUGUCCACGGCGCAAGUGGAGUACAGCGAGGACCAGCAGGCCAUGGUGAAGACACCUAACACCUUUGCUGUGUGUACCAAGCACCGGGGUGUCCUUCUGCAAGCUCUCAAUGACAAAGACAUGAAUGACUGGUUAUACGCCUUUAACCCACUCCUUGCUGGCACAAUACGGUCAAAACUUUCUCGAAGAUGCCCAAGCCAACUGAAAUACUAAGCAACUCUACUGAGCCCUCACUCGCCUUCAAGAGAUAAAGAAAGUGUUACCUCUCAUUUUCCUUGUGAUUCCUAACGGUUACUCUUGUAUGUAAUCCUGUGGCUUAACUACUUUUCCCCCGUCGUUCAACACUUUCUCUAGCUCUCCUGUGCCCCAUCUUCAUGGCUCUGUACUCUUCUUUUUCUUAUGCUGAGAAUCUUGUUAGUAGCAUGUGGCCUAACAAAAGGAAAAAAAAGACUAACACACACACACACACACACACACACACAUGCACACACACACAUGCACCCUGAGAGGAUCCAGCAAAUCUCCAAUUUAUUUUUUCAUGUACUUUGGCUUCCUUUUGUACACUAGAUCUCCAUUGUGACCUCUGCUGCUGUCGGACUGUUGUCUUUGGAUACCUCUGUCUGUUUUUCAGGAUAACCUUUUUCUUUGGACUGUUUUUAAUACCAGUUUAAUUUUUCCUGGGUGGCUUAGAAAGUGAAGUAAGGAGACAUCUGGCCUUAUUAGAUCCCAAAGGAAAAGCUUACCUUUUUUCCCCUCUUCUGUUUGCAUUUGCUAAUCCCUGCAUUUGUAUUCAGGAAGAAAGCUAUGGUGAGCUCAAGAAUGCAUCAGUUAGGUUCAGAGUCAACAUUAGGGCUUGUUUAGCGCAUGGUUGUGGAUUCUCCUAGAGGGAAAGACUGAGAAGCCGUUGCUGUGGGCCUGGGACAGUGGCUGCUUUGGGCUUGUCAGGAAGCGAUGGCUGGAGAUGCUGCAGUGGGGUAGAGGGGAGGGUGUGGAGGUGGGCGAGGGCAGCAUCAGGAAUGCCGCAGUUCCCUGCAGCAGAAGGGCCUUGCAUCUCCUGAUGCUGGUGGUAGUGUGGAGUUGGUACCAUGUCAUGCACACAGACCCCACAAGGGGGCGCCUUUCACUUGCUGGUUGUAAACUCCGUCACUAUUGACGCAAUAAUUAUGACAGUGCUGACUGUGAAAUGUGACUGUUAGUAGUUUGCUUUGAUUAAGGAAACCUAGCUCUCGGUGUAAACAUUGGCCAUUUCCAACGAUGCUUGUCAACCAGGAUUAAGACCAACCCCCACUACCACUCCAAGCAAAACAAAAGACACCUGCGGACAAAUAAUUACAUUGCCCAGUCCUGCUGUCUCCCCUCUGCGGUUACGUUCCCUCCACGCAGUGUGGAGCUACCUUUGGAGCAGGAAUGAGGGAACUCACUCCUGGCAGAGCCUCCCUUGGCUUCUGGAAGCCAGGGACCAUCCUAGAACAUAACGCUCUUGGUUUAAUGCCAGAAUAUUUUGCAGAACUGAUUGGGGACAGGAGCUCAGCAACUUGAGUUGCUUUGCAGUGACGUGGGACUGCUCCGGCCUUCUUCACUCCCUUGCCCAGCUUUUCAUCAUGGCUCAGGCAUCCAGUAAAGCAUCUGCUCACUCAGGCCCCCUGGUGGUGGGCUCGCACACAUCUGCAGAGCCUGUCUGUCAGCACCCACCUCCAGAGACGGCGGGGCUGGCUUGUGAAAGUUUAUCUUGCUGUGAGAAAGAAGGAGAGCUUAGGGAAGGAAAGGUGGAAAUCGGCCUUUUUAUCUGAGAAGUCAUCAACAGAAACUCCCAAACUUCCUUCCUCUCCUUAGAAUAUAGUCACUAACUGUAAUAUUAUUUGUUUCCUAAGCAUAGAUGAGAUUUGUAAUGUAUUUAGGAGUCUCUUGGUUAUCUGCUGGAUACAGUAAGCCUCCUGGUAUAUACUGGCAUCCCACUGGGUCUGUCUGUGCUUAGAGACAGCUUCCUAGCCUGAACUAAUUUCAGGGAAUGAAGAUGAAGUAGAACCUGAGGUAUUGUGGGAGGAAGGGUCCUGGCCGAGACGGGAGGCGGAGCCUGAGGGAGCGUGGAACCCAGCGAUGCGCGGAUCUGAUCGAUCGCUCAGGGUUUGUUGUUUGUUUUUAACACAAAACUGGUUUGGAAAGUCUUUGCUUUUGAAGUGUCAGAAGUUGGCAUGAGCUGUUGCAGACGAGGAGGAAGCGGGUAAACUCCACCAUCCCAGCCUCUGCUGCGGCCCGUGGGUUUACACAGCCCUUGUGGAACCCCCCUUUUUCUAGGAGCCCAUUUCCACAUUGGAACUCAGGCCAUUUGGGGUGGGGGGUGUUGAUGUUUCCAGCUGUCCAUUUCUGCUCCAAAAUGUGAGGAGACAGCAGCUAUGUGAUUCCUUUGCUACAGCCACGAUGGCAGGAAAGUUCGGAACCCUUUCAGGGAAGCAUUAAAACAUUCCUCUGAACAAACAGCCAAAAGAAUUAUGCAAAUUACAGAAAACAGUGCUAAUUACGGCCUCCUCUCUUCACUUCCCAUCCUCCUUUCUCCGACCAAACCAGAAUAGGGCCUCACAGUUGCCACCACUCCAGUGCUCAGAUGCGCCUGCGCGGGGCCACCUGGGAGUCAGCCAGCUCUCAGGCCCAGGCUGGGCGGGGUGGGGCCGGGCAGCCCCGCACUGCCGGUCAGGGGCACCAGCGGGCUUCCUCUGGCGCUGCGUGGCCACUUUCCAUUGGGCUCCACGGCAGGUCCUUAACCAAGGGUCUUGUUCAUGUGAGGAGAGCGUUUCCCCAACAAGAAGCCACUAAGCAACCAAGAAACCACGAUGGCUGGUUGUUCACCCCUGCUCCCUGCAUAGAUUUUCCACAGCUGCUCCCAGGGGAAAGGGUCUUCAGGAUCUAAAGAUGUAAUGACUUCUGGCACAUAUCUCAAAGCAUGGACUUUGUUGCCUGCUGCUUCUCGUCUGAUUUACAGGGAUAUUUAAUUUUGUAAGGUAUUUGUAUAUUUAUAUAGCUGUAAUGAAUUGCACAUGGACUGGAAGAGAAGGAUUCUCUCUCGCACCCCUACCGGGACUUGGUCGGCAAGCCCGCUGGGCACUGCGCUCUGCUCUGCUCUUCUGGGGCUCUUCACUGGGGUUGUUGCUUGUGUGUUGUGGGUCUUUCACCUUUCCUUUGGGUUCCCUUUUGAGAUGUGAUUGUUAAUUUGCUCCUUAAGAAGAAAGGACUAAAGCUGCUGACUGCACUAGGUGGCAUGCAGGAUGUACUGGGUGGGACUCUGGUGUGUGCGCUGCCGCCAUCCACCGUGGCCAGCGAUCGCCACACCUGCCAGAGGUCGGCAGCUUGAGGUUAUUUGCUGCUGCUGUUCAAAAGGCCAUUUAUGAACUGAAUGUUUGAACUCUAUUCUAAAACCUUUAAGAAAGCUGCCCCUCCCCCCCCCCCCCCCCUCCACCUCCCCAAUCGCUUAAAGGAAAUCAUUUAGAGUUGAUGCAGAACUCAUGCUCACAGCUCACAGCCAGGGGCUGGACAUGCAGCUCAGAGGAGGCCCACUUGCCUUUGAUGUGUGCCGCCCUGCCCUGGGUAUGGUCACCAAUGCUGUAAAACGACACACUCACACGUGGCGGCUGGCCGGGGUGUGUGGCUUCUCAUGUCUUCCCGUCCACUUUUUUUUUUUUUCCAUGCUAAGUGUUCUGACAUCAGUUUACCUGAGGAAUCCACCAGCCUUUCCAUAGUGAGGCGUCCGGCCCGAAAGCACUUGUGUGUUGACAUCGCAGCCUCUGUCUCCAUUCUCAUGCUCUGUGACAAAGUCCAUGACGCAUAAGUGGCCUUUUUGAACCAAGACUUUGCAAACUGAUCUCUCCCCAGUGAAGGAGUUGAGCACAUUCGCAACAAUGUACAUUAUUAAUUUUGGAUUUUCAUUUUCAUGUUUUAUUUUGUAAAUAUUAUCUGAUGUUUGGAGCUUGAGUAUAAUACAGAAUGUAAAUACAGUUCUUGUAUUUGUACUAAUUCUGAUUCUUUUGCUGUAUAGCCUUAGAUGUGCAAUGCAGACAUUAUCUAACUGUGUGUAUGGUAACCUUGCACCACGGAACUAUUAGUGAACGAGGUAAAAAUAAUAAAGGUACAACCAGUGCA